CAAAUCAAGUUCAGCUUUCUUUUGUUGGCUUUAUUGUUCAUCGUUGACGGUUCUUGACAAGUGAAACUUUGUACGACAUUAGUUAAAUUUAUUUGUUGCGGUGUUCCCUGUUUGCGGAAUCAUGGAAAGCGCUUGGACUUUAGUCUUCGUUUGUUGAGCACCUCUAUCGGAACCGUUGGUACUUAAAUUAAUUCCGCAAUCCAAGCAAGCUCUGGCGGAUCUGCCGAAUUCAGUGAGAGCGUGGAAGGAGAACUAUUUCACUACUACAGGAAUCCGCGAUGCCAAACAGGAGCUUAAGAGCUGGCACUAGUUCCAAUGGGAAACCGAACAUCGUCGCUGUCCCGCACUCCAACGGCAUUGCCACUCCAGAGGACAUUCACCGAGAUCCCCUCAACUUCACGUACGUCGGCAUCCACGAUCCGUGGGCCAAAGCCAACGAGAGUGACAACUGCGUCGCCACGUCUUCCAAGAAACCCGACAGCAAAGCCCCUCGCGUCGGCCACACCAUCUACGCGCUGCAGUUCAAUCCGCAGCCACCGGCCGAUCUGGUAGGCUCCUACAAAUACCUCGUCGCCCUCGUCACCGCCGAGUUUGUCAUUCUGGUGCGGGUGUCGGCCGACGGGAAGGCUUUCGAGCACGUGGAAGUCAGUAUCGUUCCCAGUCGCGUCUCCGCGGCCGAGACGAAGAAGGACAAGAAGGACAAACCCUCCACCGACUGCAACGAGGAUCUCUACACCGUCCACUGGAUCAAGGAUCCGCGCUCCUUCAGCACGUGGUCGGCGGUGGCGGUGGCGGGACGAAGCGGGGUGAUUCGGGUUAUUGACUACUGUGCGGCGCCAGCGCGCUCCGGAGCGCUGUACGGACAUGCGGGGGCGGUGAACGAGUUGUGCUACUGUGAAGAACAUCCGCGCUAUCUGCUGUCGGCGUCCAAAGACCAUACCAUUCGGCUUUGGAGCAUUGGCUAUUUGACCUGUUUGGCUAUCUUCAAAGGCGCUCAGGGACACACCGCGGAAAUCAUUACAUUGGAUAUGCACAUUAACGGGCGUUAUUUUGUUUCUGGAGCGUACGAUAAUUCCAUAAAAAUAUGGAACCUUUUUGGGCCGGAUAAUUCGACGUUGUUGGAGGUUAUUCGGGUGCAUGCUGUUAAAGCUGAUAUUCACCCAGCCCUAAUCGACACGCCUGUAUUCUCCGUAAAAGAUGUUCAUGACCGCCAGAUUGACUGUGUUCGGUGGAUUCAUCAGAGUUCCAAAACCUACUUUCUUAUGUCCAAAGCCAGUGAUGAGCGCAUUAAGAUAUGGACACCGAGUUUGUCCCAUUCCAGUAAAACAUCCGGCAUUGGUUCGGAUUGGCAGAUCUGCUACACGUUGAACAUUCCAAAUAGUAAAUUCUGGUUUGUGAAAUUCGACUACCUUCGACACCCUUUCUACAGGCUGGCGAUCGGUGACGAUCUGGGUUGUAUCAAGAUAUUUGAUCUCUUUGCACUGGCGCACCAGCGAAAGCAGCAUAAGCAGAUCAUCAAAACGAAAAAGAACAGACCUAGUUCCCCUAAUAAAGCUGUGGUGCGAUGUGUGGCAUUCUCGAAAGACGGCCUGUUUCUGGCGGCGGGCACUGACGAGGGAAUGAUACACAUGUUCGGUCUCAACGGCAUCCCUGCAAGUAAAUCCAACAACAGUGCACGGCACGGCGUUACUGAAUCGGGAUCCGAGGACGAUAUGGAAGACUACUAAAUGGAAUGGUGUAAAGUCUGAUUUGAUUUCUACUUUCAUGCAUUUACUGCUCAACGUUGCCGUUAUACCUUGGUUCGGUAUGUAUUGUAUUUAUUUGUAAUCCGUGCCCGGAUUUAUUAGUUUUUCGUCUGUUACUCUGUUAUACAAGCGUUGUAUAGAUACGGUGUGUUAUUCUUCAUUGUACAAAUGCGAUAGUUUAGCUACUUAAUUUAAGAACUCAAUGCCUUGUCUUAUUAAGACUUACAAAAUUGA